GAGCGGCGAGUGCGGAUAUGCAGCGCUGCUCCCUCCUGUGUCGGGUCUCGGACCUCAGUCACUUCAGCCGUCACCAGCAGCUGCUGCGGGUCCUCUCGGGAGCGCAGCGCAUCAAGUGCAGCGCCGACCUCAAACACCUGUGUGUGUAUCUGACCGCGGAGCGCAAACUCCUGACCUUCGACGGUCACCGAGUGCCCGGUCAGGCGCCCCGACCGCUGGACACGCGCUUCAGUCAGGACGAGGAGCUGCUGGACAUCCUCCUCCUGGGCCCCGGUCUCCAGCCCCACGGCGCCAGUCUGGCCACUCUGGUCACCCCCCGGGGGAGGGCGGAGGUCUGGCGGGAUAGCGACAGCCGAGGGUGGGAGUUGGUGCAGAGCGUGGACUUGUGCAACAGCCCCCGGGCCAGAGUGGUCUCGGUGGCCGGCGAUGGGCAGUCCGUCAUCUGGUGCGAGGAGAGACCCCCGUCCGGGGUGCACCCGUCCCCCGGCAGGAACCUGCACCAAUAUUGUGUGUGCAGGAGGGCCAUAGCGGUGGGCCGGGCCAGGGUGAGCCUGGGCGCCAUCAGCAUCGUCCUUCACAACAGCCCCACCUUCCGGGUCAUCUCCUCCGGGGACCUGGUCUACCUGGUCCCCACCAACCCGCAGAGCGGUGAGUCCAACCUGACCAGGUGUAUCCUGAUCUGGGCGCCCGGGGCCCACACACUGACCAUCACAUCACCAACACAGGGACCUCUCUCUGCCAAGACCCUGCUCCCCGGUGAGUCCGAUUUCCGGAGGCUGGUGGCUGACGUUGUUGGGAUCUUGGCUUCUCUCCCCUCCUUGGAUGUCCACACGGUGACCCCCUGUGCCUCACUGGGGGGUCUCUUGUUGGCGAGGGCCUGCGGGGAGGUUACUUGGAUCCGGGGUAAUGGCGCCGUGAGCCGCGUCUGUUCCUUGGGCGAGAGUUUGGCCCCCGGCACCGAGGUGCUGAUGGAAGCCCACCAGGGUACGUUGGUCUGUGCCGUUGGCAGGACUCUCCACCUCUUCAACACCAUCACCGGGAGGAAGAUGGAAAAGGUUACCCUCAACGCCGAGUCCUUGGCGCUGGUCACCCUCCAGCAAGCGGGGACCAUCCAACUGCUCACCAAGGACGGGGUGUACUCGGUGGGACCUCCCACUGCCUCGGAGCCGGUCUCCAACUACCAGGAGAGUGGGCGGUCAGAAGAGGUCCUGGAGCACAUGGUCCUGGAGGAGGCCUGUAGAUAUUACCAGCGGCGGAGUCUGAGCAGCAGCCGGUUAACUGUGGAGAAGCUGAAGCGAGGGGGGAUGUUUCAGGCCCCCAUUGCCUUGUGCUCCAUCCUCCAGAGUCAGCUGAAGCUGCGGAGCGCUCACGUCCUGAAACCGGAGACAUUCUCAAAGCUGAGCAGCAUCAUGGCCGGUGAGGUCCAGAGUUAUGUCAGCCUGGAGGAGGUCAAGUCCUGUAUUGUUCACGCGCCCGAGAGUAAGAUCUCUCAGUACUGCGAGGGCCUCGUGGAGGAGGAGAUUGGGAGGCUGCUCCACACUGACCUGGAUGGGGACAACCUGACUUACCUUAACUCAAUAUUCAGCAGUUUCCCCAGCAAGGCUUGGGAGGCCAUCAAGGAAACGUGGAACCUGCACCAGAAGGUCAAUGGGCUGCUGUCAGCCCGGGCCACAGCUGACAUGUGGAGGCUCGCGGUCAGCCCAGGACCCCCGAGCGAUCCCCAAGUGGCUAACGGAGCUACUCCUGUCUUCGAGCUGAUCUGCCGCUCGCUCUACAGCUUCCGGCCCAAGUGGCUGCCGCAGUUCGUGGAGUUGGCGCAGCAGCAGCUGAACCACAGUGGCCGUAGCUACACCAGCAAGGACAGCCCCGAGAACACACCGCUGUACAAGCGAGCUCUCUCCGUGCUCCCGUCACCGUCCCCUCAGCCCAGAGCCUGCCAGGGGGAGCCCACCGAGACCCAUGUCGCCAUCCUGCUAAGCAGCCAGAGACCCAACGCUAUCCUGCAAGCGGUGCGCAUCCUCAUAGACCUGGAGCAGUGGCCGAAGGUGCUGGAGGUUGCCGAGAACUUCUCCCGGCAGAGCCCGCUUCUCAGGAAGGAGCUCUUCACCUCUCUGCUGCUGGAGUUCUCCCGGCACCGAGCGCUGGAUGCCUAUGCGGAGCAGCUGUGGGACCUAUGUCCGCGGGACACCAAAGCUGUGGACAUACUAAGCGCCAUCCUGAGGGAGAUUCCUGAUCCGGCGGCUGAAUGGCCCUACUCCGCCCAGUUGGGGAGUCUGACGGUCGGGCUCCUCCGGCCCCUGCUGGCCAGAGUGCUGGAAUGGGAAGCCCAGUGCACGGACUCAAGCCUAAAGACCCUAAUCUUCCCCCCGCCCACACCCCCUAGGCAGAAAAAGGCCACAGACCCUUCCGAGGGCUGGACACUAGUCCAGUCUCCGCUCAGUGACAGCUGAGGCCAUGUGGACACCGAGCGCUGGGACAUCCAGAGGUUGUUUUUUUGCACUUUUUGCUCUGGGGUCGGAGGUGAGAGAACUUCUCGUUGUGUUUGAGAUGAGGUGACGUUGAAGGUCACUGUGGUGGCUGUCUGCAGUCAACGGAAAUUCCCAAAGCUUCUCUUCUUUUAAUCCAGGUAUUUCUUCUUGGACACACUCCUGCUCCCCCA